AUCGCCAUGUCCGAGCAGGAACCUCUCUUGCCGUCUCAACAGGUUUAUGAGCCCAGUGACGGUGACGGCACACACUACGGAAAGUCGAAGCAUGAGCAGCGGAAAGAGCGAACGGCCGAGUUCCUCGAGUCGCCUCCUUUUCACAAGGCGGUCAUCGCACUGGUUUUGAUCGACUCCGGUUGCGUCCUCGCCGAUCUGAGCUAUACUUUCCUGAACGAGACUUGCAUGCCUGAUGAAGACAAUCAGCCGUUUUGGUUAACGAUCCUCGCUCACAUCUCACUUGCGAUCACGACAUUCUUCCUUAUUGAAAUACCCGUCGCGAUUUGGGCCUUUGGAUGGACCUACUACAGGCCAGGCUCACGCGUGACACACUCCUCGCUGCACUUCUUCGAUGCAGUCGUGAUCCUCACGACGUUCGUGCUCGAGGUGGUCCUGAGAGGGCGAGAGAGGGAACUGGCCUCCCUGCUCAUAGUCUUGCGUCUGUGGCGGCUUGUGAAAUUGGUGCAAGGUCGGUCGCAGGCUCUGUUGAUAUAUCGUACCAAAGUUUCCACACCGCUGACAUAUCUGUCAGGGAUCGCCGUAAGUGCCGGUGAGAUCGAGGAGGAUAACGAGCGGAGACUUGAAGAGACGCGUCAGGAGCUGGAAGGAGUAAUUGUUGCCCUCGCAGACUCCCGCGAGGAGAAUCGCAAGCUCCUCAUCCGAAUCAGAGAACUGGAGGACAGCGGGUCAUGA